CAACUUGUGGAGUUUUUUCGCCGACGCCGCCAGAUUUUAAAAACAAACAAUUAAAAGUAUUAGCAAUAUAAAGAAAUGCUGGAGGUCGGUGGUGAGGCCAAGAUACUGGCCGGAUUUACCAGUGCGGAUGUGGGUCCUGAGGCGAAGGAAUACAAUUUACUGCGUGCCGAUGAGGAAUAUCGCAAUGACAAUGUGGAGCACUCGAUUUACUACCAGGUUAAAGCCCAAUUCCAGUCCACCGACCUGCGUUAUCUCACCGAGGCGGCGGAACUGGAAAAUCUGCGGCCCACAACGGAGGAGCUGAUAAAAUCAGCCACUAACCAGGAAAAACAGGACUUUAAAAGUAAGAAAUUCCUGCGCAACAUCAUCAAGAAUCUGCAACAAAAGGAGCGUGAGAAACCGGCCGAGAAGUCAACCAAAGAAUCCCUGGAGUACCUGGACUUUCUGGCGGAUGCACAGGAUCCCACAGAGGGUCUAACCCGCAUUUCAAAUAUAUGCAACAGCCUGCCCGAGGAAUGGUGUGUCCUGCAGCUCUGCAAGAGCUUCAAUCCCGCCACCACCUACUCGGUGCACAACGAGAUUAUAGCCAGCGAUGGAGCCAUAUAUCUCACCCUGCUGCGCCACUGUAGAAGCCCCCUAAUUGGACCCAUUUGCCUGAGAUUCGCCAACGAGAAGCUGGCCAAACUCUUCCAAGAGUAUAGCACUCUGGUGGAGCGGUUCAGGCGAGUGGUCACCGUGGAUCCCCUCAAUAUGAAGGGCAAGGAGGCCAAGCAAAAGUACUGGGAGGAGCUGAAUGCCUUCGACGCCUUUCUGCAAAAACUGCUCUCUGACUUCCGGGACAUAAUCUCCCCCUAUUCCUUUCUGUUCUUUGGCAAACGCUAUGACUGCGGGGCGGUGCAAAAGCAGAUCAAGAGCACAUAUACCCUUGUGGAUGAUUUCUGCCUGGUAAAUGCGUGGAGCAGUCACCAGCGUGUUUUGCUCUCCCAAGCCGCUCUGCAUGCCAAUCGACUGAAUGGCGGGGAUCUCAAGGCAAUCAGCGAUGAACUGUCGGAUAGCGAAAAUGAGUAUCAGACGGUGUACGAGAUGCUCAAAGGAUUGGCCAGCGAAUGGACGCAAUUGGAGGAGCGUCAGCCGCUGGCGGGCAGGAGAUUUCCCACCAUUCUGGUAGUCGAUGAGCGCCUGGACCACCUCCACUGGGAGCAGCUAGUCACCGUUCAGGAAUUCUCUCGGGUCAAAUCACUGCAUUGCCUUUGGCGAUUGUACCAGCAUCACAAAACAAACAUAAAGUAUGGCUACUACACAACGAACAUCAAGCAGGGCAUGUGUGUAAUAAAUCCAGAUGGCGAUUUGGUCAACUCCGGCCGCAGAUUGCGCAGCUUCUUUGAGUACUGGCUAUCGCAGUGGCAGCAUAACUUCGAAACCGUGCCCAACGAGGAGUUGAUGGUGAAGCGAGCCCUCCAGGCCGAUUGUUUUGUAUAUGCAGGUCACGGUUCGGGGCUGCAGUACGUCAAUGGAAAGGCGAUUUGCCGGGCUCGUGUUCGCAGCGUAGUCUUCCUAUUCGGCUGCGAUUCUACGCGGAUGAUGGGCACUGGCUUGUACAGCGCCUUGUAUGGAGCCCAUGAUUAUUACCACGGAGCUCUGAGUCCCUCGAUAGUGGGCACACUUAUGCCCGCCCUCGAUGCGAAUAUGGAUACAGUAUCGGUGACACUCCUGAGUCUUUGGCUGGCCCCGGGUAAUAAGAAAGUAAUGCCCUGGACCCAUAUCGACCGCCCAUCCUGGCUCAAAAAUGGUAUUAUAAAAGGAAAGGAAGAAAAGACGCCCACCAUGGACGAGCAAACCAACUAUCAUCUCGGCAGCCUGUGCUCCAUUAUUUCGCUGGUGCAGCAGGGCAAGGUGGAGCCGAAUAUCUACAACUGCUGCAUUUACGUGUGCCGCGGCCUGCCCGCAUGGAAUUUAGCCGUUGAAAAGAUGCCUUUAUAGUCAGAAAUUCGUGUUCGUGUCAUGGAGUCGAUCUCCGUAAGGAAAUGUAAUUUAGCAAAUGAAACCAGGUACAAAAAUCUCAUUCAUUCAAGUGGAAAGUGGUGCUCAUAAGAUUGCAUUAAAUAACUAUUAAGAACACUCAGAA